UUCAUCCUUCGUCCCGUGUCCGUGUGCUUCAGGCUCCUCCUGCUGCUCCUCGCCCUCAUUCAUCUGCAUCGAAGCUGUCGUCGCCCUCACGGCCAGGGCUCAAUCCACCGAGUUGCAGCAGAUAUGGAUCGAAUGCGAGCUAUGGAAGUGACGUCACCUGGUUCAUGAGCCCGAUGCGAAGAAGAGCAGGGACGAGCUUUUUGGGGGUUUUCUCUCCGCAGGAAGGGGGCUAGUUUGUGAUGCACGGAUUCAAGUUUUGGAAGCUGGGGAUUCUGGAGUGAGUGUGCGAAUCACGGAUCGCUGAGCCGCGGUGAAGAGGACGGGGGAGAUGGAGCUGUGAAGUCGUAGGGACGGGGACAUUGGUUGAGCCUUUGAAUAUGUUCGCGAUGGUGGUGAGAGGAUGGGGUGGUGGGGGUUUGGGGGUUUGGGCCGGAGAGAGACCUGUCGUUCAGAGGAUUAUGCAACAGGAGGUUGUGAAAGUGCUGCCAUGGUCAGGAUCCGGCGCUCGGUUGAGGAAAGAGGUGGGAACUGCAGAGGCUUGCACUGCAAGAGUUGCUGCUUCCCUCGUUGCCUGUGCUUUGAUUUACCAAAACAGCAUUGAAGUCGCCUCGGCAGCUGCUCUCUACUGGGCUUGGGCUCCCAUUUGGAGCACUGUCCUGUCAAAUUCUCUUCUGCGGCUUCGUUACCGGUAUGCUGGUAUAUGGAGAGCGCGAGUACUCGAGGUGCAGGUACUUCCUCCUCUUGAAUCAAAAGAGGAUAGCGGGGAUCUUUUGGGAAGUAUUUUCAACAAACUGCCAGUGGUUUAUCCGACCUUGCAGCUUUUGAUUGGAGACAAUAGUCCAGCAACUUUUCAGAUGGAUGUUGUCAUGACAGAGGAAAUUCCUAGGGUGAAAGUUGGAGAACGUGUGGAGGUGUUGGUUAUGUCCGACAGACCAUCGUUAUCCCGUUUUAAGGCUUUGCGGGAUGUUUAUCUCCCGGACAGGGAUGUCUGGAUUUCGGAGGAACCUUACAUCGAAAGGGAAUGUUUUGAACGUUUGCUAAGAAACACACCUGCGCCUGUUGUACGAGAUAAUCAGGGAAGAGCUGAUGUCGGACGUCGAAAACUUUAUCUGGAAGAAAAUUCUACAAAUAGAAACAGUUCGAAGUGGGGGAAGGCUGUGAAAAGCCGUGCUCCGGAGAAGCAGUCAAGACUGUUUGCGGCUGACGAGUUUGAGAUGGACUACCAAGAUGAUAAGAUAACCGAUCCCCCUGAAGAUAUGGAACCUUCAAGAUCAGUUGGAACUAAGGAACAGUUUGAGAGAGAGAGACGAGCCCAGAAAGUGGAUGAAAAAGACUUGUACUUGUGACGUGAAAAUCAUUUCAAAUUUUAGCCGCUGGGGAAGUCGAGGACCAUGUGUCUAGAUGGUGGAUGCUUGGAAGAGCAUCAUGUAGAUCCGCACUCGUUGGAGUGCGGAUCUACAUGUCCGUGGUCAUCAAUGAACACAAUAUAUGUUCAGAGCCAUAAAUGAUAAUCCGUGACGCUCACGGAUAGAGUAGAAUUCAGUUGUGAAUACCAUUCCAUACGUUCCUAUGUUUCCAGUUUCUGUCUAUCUCUAGACAUCAAAUGGGAAUGCCCGUCAGCAGCAAGGGCUGCGUCGAGAAGAUGCAACCCUUGUCCUGUUGUUGAUUGAGUUUCAAAAUACUCUGAUUACUUUCGGAACGGUAGGAUGAGAGCAUAAUGAACUCUUAAAUUUAUUCUAAAUUCUGAAGUCUUACCAUUUAGACAUAUACUGCUUCUCGGAAUGAAAUCGAACUCUUCCAAUAUUUGAUUUAUGUACAUAGAUUGAAAUGUCAAGUAUCGGAAAACAUCGAUAGCCUAAAAAAUUUGAAUAUAUCAGUUCCAUUGAUGAAUUAGCCGGAUUCCGGGAUUUGCAUAUCGUGUCUCCUAGGUACACAUGUAAGAUUUCCUCAA